CAUCCGGUGCCAACAGCCGGUGUGAGAUCGCGGCUCUGCCCUGAUAAGACUUAUCGGAGCUCCCAGCUGGGUGGCGGCCGCCGGGGCUUUCACCCCCCCCCCUCGCCGGGACAACCGGGACCGGCCCCGGGGCAGCGCUGCCCGCUCAGACCCGACCGCGUGGCCGCUUUAAGCCCCCCAAGGGCUGGGGCCGCUCUUGCCCCUUUAAGCCCGGGCUGGAGGGGCCCACUCUCCGGUGAGGCCACGCCCACGCGGCCCCGCUAAGGUAAACAGAGGGGGCGUGGCCAGGGGGCUCUCACCGCCUGAGGCCCCGCCCCUCGCCCCCCUCUUAAAGCGGCAGCGCCGCUGGGACGUCGCGGGAGCGGAACCGUUACGCAGGUGGGCGACGGGGGCGAGCGGGACACGGCCGGGACCGGGCUGGGGCUGGGGAGGGGGGAGAACCGGGACGGGGCUGGGGCUGGGGAGGGGGGAGCGCCGGGACCGCGCUGGUGGAGGGAGAACCGGGACUGGGAUGGACCGGGGGGGGGCAAAAACUGGGAUCGGGACCGGGCCGGGGUUGGCGGGGGGGUGAAGAGGGUUUGUCACACGCCGUUGUCACCGAUUCCUGCUUCCCCCGGGAGCGUCACCGGAGCCGCUCCCCGGUAACGGCGCCCGGUGACCGUUCCGGCCGCUCUCCGUCUCUCUCCCGUUCAGGAGCCGCCGCGAUGCUGCUGCUCCGGGCCGUCGUGGGGCGCAGGCUCCCGCCGCUGACGCAGCUCCGCCGCGGCUCCUCCCGGUUCUCCGCCGGUGGCGCGGCCGCGGGGGGACCCCGGGGGGCGGCCCCGGUGCUGGCGGCGCUGCUGGGGCUCGGGGCCGUCCUCGCCUACGGGGAACGGCGGCGAAGGAGCGCCCAGGCGGCCCAGGCCCCCCCGGCCCCCCGGUACCCCGUGUACACUCGGGAGGAGGUGAGACGGCACCGCAGCCCCGGGGACCGGGUGUGGGUGACCCACGGCACCGAGGUCUUCGACGUCACCGACUUCGUGGAGCUGCACCCGGGGGGGGCCGACAAGGUGCUGCUGGCAGCCGGGGGGGCCCUGGAGCCCUUCUGGGCCCUCUACGCCGUGCACAGCCAGCCUCACGUGCUGGAGCUGCUGCGGGAGUACAAGGUGGGCGAGCUGAGCCCCGAGGAGGCCCCGCCGAGCCCCGACGCCGCCCAGGACCCCUUCGCCGGGGACCCCCCGAGGCACCCGGGGCUGCGCGUCAACAGCCUGAAGCCGUUCAACGCGGAGCCGCCGGCGGAGCUCCUGGCCGAGCGCUUCCUGACGCCCAACGAGCUCUUCUUCACCCGCAACCACCUGCCCGUGCCCGCCGUGGACCCCGGCUCGUACCGGCUGCGGGUGGAGGGCCCGGGGGGCCGCUCCCUGUCGCUGUCGCUGCCGGAGCUGCGGAGCCGCUUCCCCAAGCACGAGGUGACGGCGACGCUGCAGUGCGCCGGGAACCGCCGCGCCGAGAUGAGCCGCGUGCGCCCCGUCAAGGGGCUGCCCUGGGACAUCGGGGCCAUCAGCACCGCGCGCUGGGGCGGCGCCCGCCUGCGGGACGUGCUGCUCCACGCCGGCUUCGGCGAGCGCCGCGACGGCGAGUGGCACGUCUGCUUCGAGGGGCUGGACGAGGACGCGGCGGGGGCCCCCUACGGGGCCUCCAUCCCCUACGGGCGCGCCCUCAGCCCCGACGCCGACGUGCUCCUGGCCUACGAGAUGAACGGCGAGGAGCUGCCGCGCGACCACGGCUUCCCCGUGCGCGUGGUGGUGCCCGGCGUGGUGGGCGCCCGCAGCGUCAAGUGGCUGCGGCGCGUGGCCGUGAGCCCGGCCGAGAGCCCCAGCCACUGGCAGCAGAACGACUACAAGGGCUUCUGCCCGUCGGUGGACUGGGACACGGUGGAUUACCGCACGGCGCCGGCCAUCCAGGAGCUGCCGGUGCAGUCGGCCAUCACGCAGCCGCGGCCGGGCGCGGCGGUGCCGCCGGGCGAGCUGGCGGUCAAGGGCUACGCGUGGAGCGGGGGCGGGCGGCGGGUGGUGCGGGUGGACGUGUCGCUGGACGGCGGGCGCACGUGGCGGGCGGCCGAGCUGGCGGGGGAGCGGCCGGAGCCGGGCCGGGCCUGGGCCUGGGUGCUGUGGGAGCUGCGGGCGCCGGUGGUGGCGGGCGCGGAGCUGGAGAUCGUGUGCAAGGCCGUGGACGCCAGUUACAACGUGCAGCCCGACACCGUGGCGCCCAUCUGGAACCUGCGCGGGGUCCUGAGCAAUGCCUGGCACCGCGUGCGCGUCACCGUCACCCCCUGAGCCCGCGGGCGCGUGGGACGCGGGGACGCGGCUCGAAGGUCGCUGGGUUUUAUGGCCCCCGACGUGUGAAAGUGGCUCCAUAAAGAUUUG